AUGUUAGAAGAAUCUUCAUCUCUACCUGAAUUUUUCGACAUUCCUGAGUCGAGUUGUGAAGAACUCGAAGGAAACAGUUCAAUGAGCCAAGAGUCAAGGGAUGAACCAGAGUCUUCUUCGGAAGAUAACUCCUCUCCAAACGGAAAAAAAGAAAUUAGGCCAUUUAUUCCACGACACAAUCACGAGUACGAGAACAGAGAAUUCAUUGAAAUACUGGAGGGCGCAGAGAAAGAUGUCUUCGAUGAAGCUUUGAAACUGGAAUCACUCGCCCAUCCGUUCUCGGAAUACUAUGAAAAUAUCAAGAGUACAGGAAAUGAUUAUAACCUGGCAAUGAAUAUUCGAGCACUAUUCGACAACUAUCCACAUUACAAAGCUCUGAGGUUUAUGGCCAAAAGCCAUGUUUGGUUCAGGAGAGCUCCACCAACUGAAAUUUUGCCUUCCAUUGGUCACUCAGCAGUACAUCAAUUCGUGAAAAUGGAUGGAGAUCAUGCAAUAUACCGUGUCAUUUUAGUGAAGUCAGACAAGUAUAUUCUGAUGGCUUGUCACAUGAAUACUCACGCAUUCCACAGAGGAGAUCUUCGUUUUGUUGAAGUGAAUAAUCGAACGAAAACAAAUGCAUCUCCAUAUUCAUGUCUUGGACAUCUCGCACUUGGAGAUCUUGUUGCUGUGAGCGAAUUGGCAAUAACGGAAGAGAUGCCUACAACUCUUGGAAACAUGGACGUUUAUAGUGCGACUCCAGAAACUCGGUGCGUUUGGAUGGUCAAGAUGAUGACACUUUUGAAGAGACAAACAUUCGAAAAUGUUCCAUUUUCAUUCUUGGGAAAUGGAUCUGUUGUUGCUCUCAAAUGGGGACAAGUACUCAAUGUUCAAAUACCACCUAUGUACGGUUACCCUCAAAAUGUCAUUUUUCUUGGCAAUGGAUUCAUCCCUGAAAAAGUUCCGGAAUUUGCGUCUGGAUUGGAUGAAGAGCAACACGAUUUGCUACUCGGACUCACUCGAAACAUCUCGAAAUAUCCAUGGUCAACUGGAACUAUUUUCUCUUAUGAAUAUUCACCAUAUUUUACCUCGCAAUUCGACUUAGGACACCGUGCUCAUGCAAUUCCGAACCCAGAUCCUGAUGGAGUUGUUGAAUUGUGUGCAUUGAUGGGAGCAACUGCAGUCACUGCUGUGUUGGUUGGAAACUUUGAUUGUCGUUCAUUCAGAAUGUUGGAGACGGCGAAAGUUGCUCAAAAUUUGAUCAGUUUCACAAUUGAGAAUACUGGAUAUCCACAGCCGUAUCAACUAUGGAAAGCUAAUGCUCGGAUAGUCAUAUCUAGUUCAAAAACAGAUGCAGAAGCAACAAUUUCAACAGUGUUUCUGGUCGGGGGCCUUCUGAAAUUCACCGCAAUAUUAUCUCCGGAGUAUUACGAUUUUCAAUUCACGGACAAAAUCCAUAUGGUUUCCCAAAAAGAGAUGCCAGAAGGCGAAGGUCUUCGUGAUGGAUUUUUGGAAAAAAUUCCUGAUGGUUCAAAUGGAAAACGAAUCAUUGAGGCACUCUAUGGUGGGUAUCCAAUUGUUGAUGAAACGACGGAGGAUGAUGAUGUUACUUACUAUUUUCCUGGAACGGAUCGGAUUGUUUUGAAUGAAUUCCAAAAUGAGUAUGUCAGUAAGCUCCUGAAAAAGACUCCGUUGACACUUGCCGACUCUCCAUUCGGAUCGGGAAAGUCGAUGACAAUUGCCACAGCCGCUUACUAUGCUGCCCGAGAAAGUCGACUUUGGGGUAAUUCUCAACAAUUAUUGGUUACUCAAAGUAACUUCGCAUCUGUUAAUUUGGUGGACAUCACGAAACGAUAUACGAAGAAAUGUCGUGUUGUUCGAUAUGUUCCAUUGAAUACUUGGAUGGAAUUGUCUGAAGGAUCACGAACUGAUUUGGAUCUUCCUGUAAUGAUGCGACCACUUUUCAUGGAAUAUGUCACUGGAAGGAAAUUCCAUUCGAACUCGAGAUAUCUGUUUGAAAUGGCCAAGUAUUUGAAGGAGUUCAAGUUGAUUGAGGUGGAACAAAUGGAAAAACGCUGUCAAACCUAUUUCCGAGAGAACACAUUCACAUCCAAAUAUGAUUUCGAUCGAUUGACAAGACUCUUCUUCACAUUUUACCAACCGCAAAUUGUGAUAACAACUUCUGAUUGUCUUCGAAAUGUUCUUCCAAUGCUACAUGAAGUUUCUACAGUGCAAUUCGAUGAAUCCAGUCAAAUGCCAGAAUCCGCCCUUAUUCAAGUUCUUUCAAUGUUCCCUUAUGCCUGUUUCGGUCUUGUUGGAGAUAUUCGACAACUGCCUCCAUAUUGUGAUUACUCGGUUGUUGGCCAUUUGAAGAUGUAUGGAGUUGGAAACACAAUGGAACGUGCCUGCAGAGGUGAUCUAUUCCCUCGUGUAGUCCUUCGAUAUGUCUAUCGUUGUCAUCCAGUAACCACUCAAAUACUUGGAAGUGAAUUCUAUGGAAGAAAUCUUCUUUCUGCUGUGAAGGAAGAGGAUAGAAAUGAAUUCAUGAGAAGUCGUCCCGAUCUCUGGCAGAAUCCGAACUUCCCGAUUAUGGUACUGAAUAACAACACACCGGGUAUCAGAGAUCUCACUUCGAUGCACAAUCCAGUUGAAGUUACCAUCGUGUCGUGUCUCAUUGAUGCGUUGACUUCAAGUCCAUUGUACUCAAUUCAUCCAUCAAACAUUGGUGUCAUUUCAUUCUACAAAGCACAAAAUGAUCGAUUGCUUCAAGUAUUGGCAGACAAACCCGUGAAAUGUGGAACGGUGGAUUCAUUCCAAGGAACGGAGAAGGAGAUUAUCAUUGUAUGCUGCACAAACGAAGUGAUCAACGGGUUUAUGGCUAUGCCGAAUCGUAUCAACGUGGCAAUGUCAAGAGCAAAACAAGCAACAUUUAUAAUUGGAAAUGUGAGUGGUCUUCGAAUGGCAAUUCACUGGUCGACGUUGGUGAAUGAAGCAGAGAGAUUCGGUUGUAUGAGAUAUUAA